AUGUUUCCUAGUUGGUAUUUGUCCGCCUACAGCUACCUUCAAUUGACACCUGGGGGAGCGCCUCAUUUGUUCUCAUCUUUGCAUGAGCUAGAAGGACUAGGCCGACGACUUUGUCGGAAGUCUAUAAGCAGCGAGCAAGAACUCAAGACCUAUGAGCGAUUUGCCGUGGAAGAGUAUGUCCACGACAUAAUUACCGAGUUGUGCAAGUUACCCGCUGCUCGCGACGAGUUCGGCCUCGGCGACGGAAUCCAGUUUAGCAGUCAUACGAAUUUCUUAAACGAGAACGAGGCUCUUGAAGCGGAUGCAAGCCAAGUGUCGAGUGUCCACCACCCAAGACCUAAUCAAUUCUGUAUUCAUCAUAUCGACGGCAAAACUGCCACUCUCCUCACCUCUGUCGAGUAUAAACCGCCUCACAAACUUUCUGUCGCCACCCUUCGUAUGGGGCUCCGACCAAUGGAGUUAUGGAAGGAUAUGGUCAGAUCAAACAAAAUACCGACAAACCAGGAAGCGAGGCUGAGGUACAAUGCAGAGCGACUUGUCUGCUCUGCCCUUGUCCAGGAGUAUCAUGUUAUGAUUCAAGAAGGGCUCGAGUACUCCUACGUGACCAACGGGCUUGCCAGGGUUCUUCUCCGUGUUCCACGUGAUGAUCCCAGCACGCCCUACUAG